AUGAAUAAACCAUUGGGCGAUGACAACACCACCGUAUUUUGGCAUCUCAGCAAAUGUCUUCAAGGGCCGCUCGUCGUGCUUCACCAUUCCCUCAGUCAUCUUACCUCUGGUGAGGUUGCUAAUGCCGUCGCCUCAGGUAUCACCCUAGAGCUGCUGUGUUUAGAUGGAAGACCCUUAACAUCGUCUGUAGACGAAAAAAAGGACUUUCUAAAUACAAUGGGCUGUGAAAUUUCCACUUCCCUCACUGGUAAUAUGCAUUGCCGAUAUUCAUCUACACCCCUUUCCAGUAGUGAUGACAGAUGGAUGCGUGAGGACGGUCAAAAGGAAGUUUUGGAGGUAUCGAGUGAUUUUUGGCGCCGAGAAAGCAUCAUAACUAACCUGAGUUUCUUCUCUCCCCUUUCUACAGCGUCCAGCGUUGUGAGGUCUUUAUCCAAGGGGGGAGCGCAGCAUCUUGCUGUGAGGUGUCAAAUAAUACUUAUGGGAAGUCUAGGAAGCGCAACAGAGUGGUCAGGUGUGGAAGAGAAUGAUCCGCUCACGAGCUCUUUCGAAAAAAAGGAUCCAAUCACGUCUGCAGGCGCGAGAAUCGAGUGCAGUGAAGGUGGUAGUGGUGGUAUACGUUCGUGGAAUGAUGAUUCAAAUCAAAUCGCGUCUUCCACACCCGGUGCACUUCUGAUGUCGGCGUGGAAUGCGAUGAGGACCCCCUGCCCCUUACCACAUUCGUAUUUUUUCACGUACACCCCUUCCUUAGUCUUCUCAAGUGAAUCUGAUAUUGCUACGCAUCCAGAUCGCGCGGAGACGAAGACGGCAGCGGGAUUGGAGGGGACUGGUGAUGAAGAACAGCCCGUGGUGAUGCCGCUGGAAGCGGUUGCAUCGCCUGCAAAGCCUUCAGAGCGUGUGGGGAUGAAUCCUACAGAGGAAACUACUACACAAGAGAUCCGAAUCGUUUACGUACAGCUCGCCCCUCCUAUUUCAGCCGCAUGCCUCUCACACCUCUUUCGUCAAUUCCACACGCCGUUGCUUUCCACGGAUGCGCAAUAUCGUGGGAUGCUUCCAGGGGAGGAAGCCCUUUUCGGUAGCGAUCCCGUCAAUCCCGACGAAUUCGUCAGCACAAACGGACUGCAUCAGGGCGAAGCGCCGUACAGGAUUCGCUACGCCCCCGCGAAGUCGUUUCACGGCGAAACGGAUUGCCGAUCCGAUAAAUCCUGCCGUGAUGGAAUGUUGGAGAGCGGAAUCGGGAGGGAAGGGGAGGAAAAUGAAAUGGAAGAGGUGGGAUUGAGAAAGUCAGAUCUGGAGGCGCUCGCGUGCCUCUUUCCUGCUGUGCAUCACGGGUGUGUGUUUGACGAUUCCAACGCCUUCGUCGGGCAUUGCCAGGACGUGCAGGAUCACCUGCUAUGGUGUGAACAUCUUCCACUUUUUCCGCUGCAGGUCGUAUCGGAAGAUUCCCCGCCUUUACCUCCAUUCUCAUCCAAUGCAUCCCUAAGUGGAGGCUUCAGAGAAGAUCUCAUCGCCCGCAGGCAUGAUGCCUCGGCGUGUUUCUCUUCAGACGCGCGGAGGGAGGUGAGUUCGAACCUGGAGAUGACUUGGCUACAUUCUGCCGGUGAGAUUGGAGAGCGCUUUCUUAACUACGCAUUAGGUAAAGCUUUGGAUGAUUUGGAUAAAAGAAAUAGCACGACGACAACCUUGCAGGUGCCUCUCAGGACAGUGCACUCACGUCUUCUCCACUGGUUUACCCUACUAUAUGACGAGCUUGACGGAUUGGAUGGAGGGAGCAAGGGCAAACGGAUUGGGGAGGCCUUCAGCUUUUCAAAUAUCUCUUGCAGCGAGGAGAAAGCCGAGCGGAAAGACUCGUCAAGAGCCCCUCCCAAGUGGGUGUGUUUUCUAACCGCGUUGAGGGUUGCAGGGAGGAUCGCGCGGCGGCUUUCCACGACGGCGGCCCCCACCCCUGCGGAGGAGAUGACUUCUGCUGACAAAGAAAUGCGAAGGAUGCCAUGCGGCGCUUCUUUGCCAUGUGAAAGUUCCCCUUUUGUUGAUUGGACGUCACUUAGUUCGGUUUCUGAAUUUGUUUUCUGGUCAGUCGAGGACUACUGGGCCUCUUUGUUCGCUCCAGUGACGGCACGAUUGCCCGAAAUGGUAAUCCCUGAAGAUGCCGUGAGGCAAAUCUGUACAGGAUGCGAAUGUGUAAAUCGUCAUCCAAAUGCAGAUAAGUACCAAUGUGCAUGCCUCACACGCUCUUUUGAGGGUCUCUUUUGCCGUUCCGUGCACACAUGGCUCAGCAGCGGUGAUGUCGUCUCCACGAUGCCGCUCCUAUCUAGACAAGGUGCGGACUGUACUUUACAAACCAAGGCGCACAAUACUUCGAAUGCGUUUCGAUGCAAUAAAAAGGUAAGAAUUGAGCCCUUCCUCCAAGAUGACCAUAAAAGGGCAACAGCGGAUCGCAGUUCGGAGGAGAGCGGAAAAAAUGGGAUAAAACUAGUUGCGCAACGUCUUGCCGCAGCUCUUGCCGUUCCUUUAGCUUUCGUCAUCACAAAGUAUAUGCGCCGCAAAGAAGUGGAAAGUCGGCUGCUGCAUCUCUCGAAGCGAUGUGGAGGGGUGAGAAAGAGCACCAGCGCUGAUGCUUUUUCUAACACUGAUGACGAUCGCAGUGCUGCAUCAGUGUGCAGUACUCCCUCUCCUCAAAAGAAUAGAAUCGGUGAGGAGCAAACCCCCAUCGAUUACAGAAGCCUCUCCUCGUCGGAUACUCAUGUCGGCAAGCCUGGCGGGGAGAUAGUUGCAAAGAACUUCUUCUCAAGUGGUCCUGCGCAUUGCACACAUUUGACGGAAGCCACAGACAAUCAAAAAACAUCAUUUUUUAGCGAGGGGCACCAUUUUCCAAAGGAACGAAGCUGUAGCAUCACAACGGCGUCGUAUGAAAGCAACGUUGGGGAUGAGGGAGGUAUCCAGCAAUGCGCAAAGUCCAAUGAAGAGGAAGAAGAAGCCGCUAACCAUCAUCAAAGGUUUAUGGAUUUACUGCUGUUACUUUUCCUCAACCCAACCACGAAUACUUUAGGUGUCCCAUCAACUCAAUAA